AUGGGUUUGUUGAUGUUCUACCAAUUUUCAGCGCUCCUCUGGAAAAAUUUCACCUUAAAGUGGAGGCAUUUUUCUGAUUUAAUAUUGGACGUCCUAACAGCGUUGCUAUUUCCAACAACACUUUUGCUAUUUCGUAUAAUUAUUAACGUGCAUGCUGUUCACCCUCACAGUUUUAGUCCUCACAACAUCAGUACCCUGCCACAUUUUCUUAAAAAUUCUGAAGAGUGGGAACUGGUUUAUGUGCCUUCUGAUAUUGAUGUGCUGGAAGAUAUCAUUGAAAAUGUGAGGAGCAAUCUAAACAUGAGUAAUAAAGUUCAUGGCUUUUCUUCAGAACUUGAGCUUGAUAACUACAUUAAGUAUGACAAUGCGUCCAAAAAAAUUUUGGCUGCGGUUGUGUUUGACUUUGACUUCAAAAACAGCAGUGACCCUCUACCACUUCAGGUAAAAUAUUAUCUGCGUUUUUUCAGGACACAGUGGAAUAUCUCUUCAUUAGAGAUGGUAGACUGGGCAACGUCUUUGCUCUUUCCUGUUCGUCCUGUUGCAGGACCCAGGAACCCACAUGUUAGCGAUGGAGGAAAUCCUGGAUACAUCAAAGAAGGGUUCCUGGCUGUACAGCAUGCCAUAGAUAAGGCCAUCAUGCUGUAUCAUGAAAGCAGUGCUAGACAGAUGUUUGAUAAUAUCAGUAUCCUUAUACAGAGAUUUCCAUACCCACAUUUUUCUUACGAUGGAUUAAUUAUGGUCAUGAGCUCUUUUGCCCCUUUGAUGUUCAUACUCAUGUUCUCUCCAACUGUACUGUCUAGCAUGCGGUUCAUUGUGUCAGAAAGAGAAAUGAAAUUAAAGGACUACCAGAUCAUAAGUGGACUUAGAAACUGGAUGAUUUGGGCUGGCUAUUUCUUCACAUUCCUCCUAAUUUAUAUCAUUACCAUAUUUUUGAUAUGUGUGUUAUUCUUUGUCAAGGUUCUCAGUGAACCAGUAUUCCGCUACAGUGAUUUUAGUUUCAUCUUCACCUUUUUAACUUGUUAUGCCAUCGCCUCAACACUCUAUGCCUUUAUGGUUAGCUCAUUCUUCACUAAAGCUGAAAUGGUUCCUUCUUUUGGAAGCAUCCUAUAUUUUGCCAGUUUCUUUCCAUAUAAUUUCAUGGCUGAAUAUUAUGGAGUGUUAAGCCUUCCUCAGAAGAUGGUUCCUUGCCUCAGUUCAAACAUAGCCUUGGCUCUGGGGGUUAAUCUUCUGCUAAGGUCAGAAAUAAAAGAAUAUGGUGUUAAGUGGAAUAACCUUUGGACCCAAGUCAGCCUUGAGGAUAACAUCAUCUUUGGCUAUUUAAUAGGAAUGCUUUUACUUGACGCUGUCUUGUAUGGCCUAAUUACAUGGUUUAUAGACACUACCUUUAGAAGGAAUUAUGGCAGUCACCAGCCAUGGUACUCCUUUCUCAUGUACUCAUAUUGGUUUGAAAAAAGAAAUGUUAGAAUAAACACAGAAGAAACGCCCUUUCCUAUGGGAACUGAAAAAAAGUAUUUUGAAGAUGAACCUACUCAUCUGAGGCUAGGUAUUCAGAUAAAACAUUUGCACAAGCAAUUUGAUCACAGAAUAGCAGUAAACAACAUGAGUUUGAAUUUAUAUAUGGGACAGAUCUCUAUUCUUCUAGGGAAAAGUGAAGAAAAAUCCACUGUUCUCUCUAUCCUUGCAGGACUUCAUCCUCCCACUAGAGGAAAUGUUUUUAUUAAUGGAUACGACAUCUCUACUAACAUGACUGAUAUUCAGAAACACUUGGGCUUCUGCCCACAACAUGACUUGUUGUUUGAUGAUUUGACAGUAUCAGAGCACCUUUUUUUCUACAGUGUGAUUAAAGGAAAACAGAAGAUUGAGUCGGUGGAAAUUGACCAUAUGCUGUCUACUCUUGACCUGCAAGAAAAGCGUAAUGAAUUUUCGGUGUCAUUGAGCACAGGAAUGAAACGCAAACUCUCUGUCAUCAUAGCACUGAUAGGGGGCACCAAGGUGGUGAUUCUUGAUAAGCCAACCAGUACCAUGGACCCAGUCUCAAGGAGAUCCACCUGGAGACUCCUUCAGCAUUAUAAACAGGAUCGUACUAUAUUAAUGACCACCCAGUACAUGGAUGAAGCGGACAUCCUGGGUGACCGCAUUGCCAUCAUGUUCAAAGGGACUCUGCAGUGCUGUGGCUCUUCAAACUUCCUGAAAAACACAUAUGGUGCUGGCUAUCACAUAAUCCUGGUGAAGGAACCAGACUGUGACGUUGAAAAGGUCUCAGCAAUGAUUCAGUCUCACGUUCCUAAUGCAACAUUAGAAAACUGUGCUGGAUCUGAAUUAUCAUUUAUGCUCCCCAAAGGAGAUAUGCACAGAUUUGAAGCUCUGUUUACUGAUCUUGGAAAGAAAAAAAGUGAGCUGGGCAUUGCCAGUUUUGGUGCUUCAAUCACUACAAUACAACAAGUAUUCCUUAAGGCAAAUGUGAUAGCAAAUUCCUCCAUGAGUGUUCAGAAUUCCUCACAAACUCACUUGGAAGACCAAGGAAUAAGACAAGAAACGAAGACAGAAGUGGAUAUACAGAAUACAUAUGAGAGACAAGUAUCUUCUCGAUUGAACGAAAUUGCUACCAUUAAAUUUAAUACCGGGUUUUCACUUUACCGCCAGCAGUUCCGUUCCAUGUUUUUAAAGAGAGCACUAUUCAGUUGGCGGAGCUGGAAGAUGGUGUUGCUACAGAUAAUAGCAAAUUUGACUGUCACUACCUAUCUCAUAUUGGCUGUAGGUAUAAACUAUGACCUGCCCAGCAGAGAACUGGAUUUGAGACAAUACGGUCAAACUACUGUGCCGUACUCAGUGUCAGGGAAUUCUAAUUUAACUCUGAAUCUCAUAAAGAACCUUCAGAUUUUUCUAAAGUCCAGGAAUCAAAAAAUUUUGGAAGUGAAAGGUAACAUAACUAAGUAUAUAGUGGAAACUAAAGCAUGUCAUGCUUUCUCCAUUAUCGCAUUUUCCAUUAAGGCUGAGCUAAACAAAACAGUAUUAACUAUUUUGUUCAACAAUGAGGCGUACCAUUCAGCUGCAAUAUCUGUGGCAGUGUUAGACAACAUCCUUUUUAUGUCACUUUCUGGUCCCAGCGCUUCCAUUCAAGUUUUUAAUAAGCCCCAGCCUCUGGAUUAUACGACUCACAAAAUGUCUGUAGACGGAAUACGAGUCGUGUUGUGUUUGGCUUUCGGCAUGGCUAUUGUCAUCAGUGGCUGUUGCCUGCAGACAGUGGCUGAGAGAACGUCCAAGGCAAAACACAUCCAGUUUAUCAGUGGGGUCCACGUAUUUAUUUACUGGUUCUCUGCUUUGCUGUGGGACCUCAUCUACUACUCCAUCCACUGCUGCUUACUACUUGGAGUGUUCAAAUACUGCGGAGUGGAAGCAUUUGUUGAAAAUUUCCGAUUUUUGCAAACGAUGAUUAUCUUUCUGCUGUAUGGCUGGUCUGUUGUUCCUCUCAUGUAUGUUGGAAGCUUUCUCUUUUCUAGUAGUACUACUGCCUACGUCAAGCUCACCCUCUUUAACUACUUUUCCCAUGUUUAUACUGUGAUGGUUUACUCCAUCGCACAUCGCUCUGGUGUUGAAUUUGUUAAAAAAUAUUUUAUAAAAACUGCAUUAAUGCUACUUCCUAGUUACAACUUUGUUAUGAGUCUCAGCCGAGUAUUUGAUGAUUAUGAAAUUAAAAAAAUGUGUUCUAAGAAAUAUCCAAGUGUCCAUCUAAACUGUACUAAAGAAAGGAUAGAGAACAGCAUCUACAGUUUUGAAGAGAAUGGGAUUGCAUAUUUCUUGACUGCAUUGGCCUUUGCGGGUUUUUUUUACAUCACUUUGCUUUUAUGUAUGGAGACUACACUAUGGAACCUGAAGAACUUUGUGUUUCAUAAAAUAAUACAUAAGAUCUACUUCAUAUUUUUUGAAGACAACAGUGAUUCCCAGCAGGAUACUUCCAUGAACCAUAAACAAUUAAAUGAACACGAACAAGGUAAAGAUGUAAAAGGAAAAAGAAAUAAUGAAACAGUGUCUCCUCAACUGAACACUGCCCCACUGGUUCUUAAAGAUGUAACAAAGAUUUAUUAUAAGUGUCCGGUUGUGAAAGCUGUGAAAAACAUCUCCCUUGUAGUCCAAAAGUCAGAGUGCUUUGGAUUACUUGGAAUAGAUGGAGCUGGAAAAAGCACUAUAUUCAAAAUGAUUACAGGAGAGGAAAUCAUGACCUCUGGAGUGCUGCUAAUUGAUGGCAUUGAUAUCACUAAAAAUGCCACAAAGGUUGCAUCAAGAAUUGGCUAUUGUCCUGAAAUUAACCCUACGAUCAAACAUAUGACAGGUCGAGAAAUACUUACUAUGCAUGCCCGACUGAGAGGGGUCCCUGAACCCGACAUUGAUAAAUAUGUGGAAGCUUUUAUAUUUUCAAUGUACCUGGAAACCCAGGCUGAUAAAUUUGUCUCCACAUACAGCAAUGGAAGCAAACGUAGGUUGAAUGCUGCCAUUGCCUUAAUGGGAAAGUCAUCCGUUGUUUUCCUGGAUGAGCCAUCUAGUGGCAUGGACCCACUAGCCUUUCACUUUCUCCAAGACACAAUCACUUGGAUGUGUGAAAAUGGCAAAGCUAUCAUUAUAUCUUCCCACAGCAUGGAAGAAUGUGAGGCUUUCUGUACCAGGAUGGCCAUUGUGGUGAAUGGAAGGUUCAAGUAUGUAGGCAGCCCUCAACAUCUCAAGAAAAAGUUUUGCAGUGUAUAUAAUCUGACAGCCAAGAUUAAGACUGUUCAUAAUGAAAAUAAACUAGUGCAGUUCAAAGAAUUUAUUGCAACAACUUUCCCAGGUAGUAUCAUAAACCAAGAGCAUGAAGGGUUUGUUGGCUUCUACAUUUCCAGCAAGAAAAUUCAGUGGGGAAAGGUAUUUGGUAUUUUGGAGGAAGCUAAAGUGUUAUUCAAUCUAGAAGAUUAUUCCGUCAGUCAGAUAACAAUGGAACAAAUCUUCCUGACUUUUGCUAAUAUUGAUCAAAUGAAAAGAAACUUCUUCAUCUUCCCUGAGAAACGGGGAAAAUUCUUCGUGUGGAUCAUGGCAUGA